GCGAGGAAAAAGCCCAAGAAAACCCCCGACCCGUCACCCGACCCAGCCGCUCGAGGGAGACGCAGAACCUGCUGCACCUGCACCUGCACCUGCACCUGCAAACCUCGAGCGGAGAGCUCUUCCCGUUGCGGCGGCGGCGGAGAUGGCGGCGAAUCUGGAGGACGUGCCGUCACUGGAUCUGAUGCACGAGCUGCUCCGCCGCAUGAAGUGCAGCUCCAAGCCCGACAAGCGCCUCAUCCUCAUCGGCCCACCUGGCUCUGGAAAGGGAACUCAGUCUCCCAUUAUUAAGGAUGAAUACUGCCUGUGCCAUUUAGCCACUGGUGAUAUGCUGAGGGCUGCUGUGGCAGCCAAGACACCUCUAGGUAUCAAAGCAAAAGAAGCUAUGAAUAAGGGAGAGCUUGUUUCAGAUGACUUGGUUGUGGGGAUUAUUGAUGAAGCUAUGAAGAAACCCUCAUGCCAGAAAGGUUUCAUUCUUGAUGGCUUUCCUAGAACUGUCACUCAAGCACAGAAGCUUGAUGAGAUGUUGGCAAAGCAAGGUGCUAAUGUUGACAAGGUCCUGAACUUCGCAAUUGAUGAUGCUAUAUUGGAAGAACGGAUUACUGGUCGCUGGAUCCACUCGGCCAGUGGUAGGACUUACCAUACAAAAUUUGCACCUCCAAAGUCUCCGGGAGUUGAUGAUGUAACUGGAGAGCCGUUGAUUCAAAGGAAAGAUGACACAGCUGAGGUCUUAAAGUCAAGGCUUGAAGCCUUCCACAGGCAAACUGAACCUGUGAUUGACUAUUACUCCAAGAAGGGCUUAGUGGUGAACCUGCCCGCAGAGAAACCACCAAAGGAAGUGACUGUUGAGGUUCAGAAAGCCCUCUCGUGAUGAGAAGUGUCCAUUCUUCAGGUUAAGCAUGACAUGACAUCUACCAAAAUCCCUUUGUCUGGGUUUCUUCAAAAUUUAUACUUAGGCCAACAUCAUGGGGUUUUUAUUUUCAGCAUCCUUUUUGUGCAAAUAUGCACCAUUUUAUCACAAGCUUUGACAAGCUCGGGAACUGUCUGGAUAAUCUCUGUUUCAAAUGAGGGAAGUGUUUUUCAGUAACAAUACUGAUAUGAUUACAACAAUUCAUCUUUGGAAAAUUUUCCUGAUAUUCUGUUCACUCAGCACCUUGCUCUGUUGAGUUGAGAGUUGAGACAUUGUUGUGCUGUGAGGUCAAAUAAACAUUUCAUGUUGUACGUUUUUUUUUUUUUGAACUGACUGAUGUAUGAUUUUGAACUUGUGGCAAGGUGUACUCGCACUUGCAAUAAAUUUCAGUGAGUUAUGUGGACUACC